AAAAGGUCAACAGGUGCCCUUUAGUUCCGGUUAUUAUGGGAUGUAAAUCUAGGUUUUUAGAAAAAUUUCCGAUUUAUUUCUGUUCGCUUAUAAUUUCUCGGUUUUACGCCGAAUUAAAACACAACAGAGUGAAACAAACGUACCACAUGAAUGAAGCUACUUCAGGAAUGAUAUAGAAUAGUUUUUGCAAAGUAAUUGCUUUAUAAAGAGUUUGGAAUAUGCCGAAGAAAAACAAAUUGGGUUUGACUCUUCCGCCAGCGCCUGACACCGAAAACAACACAAAUGAAACCACAAGUGGUACAAAUAUAGAAGCAUUACAAAAAAGAUUAGAUGAAUUGGAUAUUGACGAUACGCAGAGAAAAAGGCUUGAAGAAUUCUUGACGAAAAAACAGAAAGUCGGUGAACUGAAUAAUGAAGAUCUUGAGAAGAAAGCAGAGCUUGGAGCAGGGAAUGGCGGCGUUGUUACUAAAGUGUCACAUAAAUGUACAGGCCUCAUAAUGGCUAAGAAGUUAAUCCAUUUAGAAAUAAAACCUGCUGUGAGGAACCAGAUCAUCCGGGAGUUAAAGGUUCUACAUGAUUGCAACUCUCCCUAUAUAGUCGGCUAUUUUGGUGCUUAUUACAGUGAUGGCGAAAUCAACAUAUGUAUGGAAUAUAUGGAUGGCGGGUCUUUAGAUUUGGUAUUAAAGAAAGCCGGAAGGAUACCUGAGCCAAUUCUAGGAAAAGUCACAGUUGCUGUGUUGAAAGGUUUAAUCUACCUGAGGGAGAACCAUGAAAUUAUGCAUAGAGAUGUGAAACCUUCAAAUAUUCUUGUCAACUCAAGGGGUGAAAUCAAGAUCUGUGACUUUGGUGUUAGUGGACAACUAAUAGACUCUAUGGCCAAUUCAUUUGUAGGAACAAGAUCUUAUAUGUCUCCAGAGAGAUUACAAGGAGCCAGCUAUACAGUUCAAUCAGAUAUCUGGAGUUUGGGUCUCUCAUUGGUUGAACUAGCGAUUGGCCGUUUCCCCAUCCCCCCUCCUGACCCCAAAGACCUUGCGGCUGUAUUUGGAGAAGAUGCUAUUCAGGAACAUAAAAAAGCCGCUCAGUCAGGGAAGCCUUUACCAGGCAACCGGCCGGCAAGCUUCUUUAUGCCAGUGACGGAUGGCCCAAGACCAAUGGCAAUAUUUGAGCUUUUAGAUUACAUUGUCAACGAGCCACCGCCCUCCUUGCCAAAGGGUUGCUUCUCCAAAGAGUUUAAUGAAUUUGUCAAUGAAUGCUUAAUUAAAGACCCGGAUAAGAGGGCAGACUUACAUACACUAAUGAGCCAUGACUUUAUCAAGAAGUCUGAGAAUGAGGAAGUCGACAUCGGAAGUUGGGUGUGUCGUGUCAUGAAGACAGAGCCGCCACUGCCACAGUAGUAAUACAUGUGUACAGAUAAUGUCUCUCUAGUCUUGCAGUCACCUUUCACAACUUUGACUUCAUUGAAAACACAAUAUGAGUGAAAUGUAUGAUUUACUCACAUUUUUCUGUAAUUGGGAGACUGAAAUUUAAAUGUUCAAAUUUACUUUACUAUUUUUUCCUAAAUGCUAUGUUAGCAUGACUAUUUUGACAUAAACUGUACAAGUAGACAUAUAUUUAUAACUUACACUAUAAGCGCUUCAGUAUAUACAAGUGAACACUGUAUAGCUAGCUGCAUACUAGCUGAUUAGGAGAUCUAUCUGUACAAGGAACAGUGUGUUCAAUUGAUCAUGUAAGACAGCAUGGACUACAAGUGUGUUACACAUUCUGUAGAACAAAACUGGACGAAUUGUCUUGGAAUUAAGAAUUGUUGAAAAGCAGAAUGAAAUAGCAUAUUUGGAGAAUGGGGGGGGGGCAUGUAAAGACUAAGGUAUAACAUUAAGGGAAUGAAGUGCCAUAUGAAUGGGGUGGGACAUCAAAAAUAAUGUGGGACAUGUUUAGAGUGAGGUGCCAUACAUAGAAAAUGGGUGGGCCAUAUCGAGAAUAAGGUGGCAUAUGCGGAGAAUGAAGCGGGACAUGUGAGAGAUAUGAGACAUGUAGAAUACAGUGGGACAUGACGUCAACUUUCGGAGGAGAUAAAAAGUAUUUCUAUUCAAAUGAGGAUCACAUUCUUUGGUUUGCUAUAUUGAGAUCUGAAGAAACAGAAAAUAAGGAGAAUUUCAGAAAUGUCAGAACCUGGCUCAUUCCGAAUAUACAUUGAGGUACAAAAAUUAAAAAUGUAUUGUUUUCAGGGAGGUGAUGUAAACAAUAAUUUCUCCACUGUGACAUGUAGCAGGUUGGGUAGGGGAUAUAUUCCAGAUAUCACAUUUAGAUUACCACAGUCAGUGAAAGUCUACACAAUAUAUCUAUCAUAGUUUGUGUAAAUGCAACCAAAUGAUAAAGGUGUUAAUUAUGUAAUUUUGCCUAGUUUUGUACUUACUUAUUUAUAAUACAAUGAAAAUAAUGAACAAAAUUAUGUCUGUUUUUAAACUGAAUGAUAUACCAUUUGAAAGUUUGUAUGUGUUUAGAAUAGUAUUGUAUUUUUGUAUGGACAAACAUGAUUCUUGUUGAAGUUUUCUUUGAUACACCAAAUAUGUUCGUUUUAAAAGUAUGUAUCAUCAUGUAAUAUGCAAUUACAUGUAAUUGUAUUAGCAAUAUGCAAAUGAAUAUCAAUAUAAAUCUAAAAUAGAUUAAUAUCUCAUACAGAUUAGAGUUUGAACCGUAAAUGUGUUAUUCACAGACUAGAAGUAUAUACUGUAAUAUAACUAGAAGCACUUGGAUGUGAAACUUGAUUAAAUACAUGUAUGACAUUGUCAAAAUGAUGUAUGAAUAAAUACAGUAAUACCGAAAAGCCAAAAA